CUGUGAACUGACGCAGGCCCUGAAUAAACAGGUUUGCCUUUGUUGUGGUUUUUCAGAACGAGAAAACAAGCCUCACAGGUGGUUUGGGGGAUAGAGGGAUGUGUGGGCAUGUGGAGAUCUUUCAUCUGACUGAUCAGGUUUUCAGCGGGACCCCUCACUGUGUGACCAAGCGAGGAGCAGAGCGGGGAGCAGAUGUGUCUUAUAGGUCUAAUGAGAAAAUGUUGGCAUCUGUCACCGGCUAAGGUUGUACUGUAUGUGGCUUCCCAAGGUUACCAAGCUGGAGCAGAGCAAAUCAGGCGACUUAUAUUUAGCCUCGCAAAUGGCGCGCUAUGGAUUAUGUCUUGGGCCUCUCCAGUUUCGUCUUCAGUGCAUUUUGCUGCGUGAAGUGGGGGCUGCGGAUCUUGAACAGGAUUCUGUUCAGGUGAAGAGCAGGUCUACUUCAUGGUUUUAGACUAGCUCUCCUCUGACUUCUGCUCAGUGCCAUUGCCUCAAGUGUUUAUGGUCACUCCUCUGUGGAAGAAACUCAGAAAGUGGAAGGAUAUUCACUGAGUCUGAGAGACACAAGAGACUCUUGAACUGGACUAACAGCUUCUCUGGAGACGAGCUGGUAGCUGUUACACAUACCAGUGGAGCACAACCAGCGUCACUGGACAUAUCACAGAUUAUUUCCCCACGCUAUUGAGGUUUGGGAUCAAACAGUGUCAUGGAUGUACUCGCAUUAGAGGCAAAGAAGGUAGAUGCAGUAGAGCCUGAGAAGAAAGCUGCACCGAGGCCAAAACCAAAAGCCCCCAAAAAGGCCAAAAGGAUUGUUUACUUUGAGGUGGAGAUUGUGGAUUUAAAGACAAAGGAGAAGCUAUUGCUGCUGGACAAGGUGGAGCCAACUGCCACUGUUUUGGAAAUUAAAGCUUUGUUUCACAAAUCAUAUCCUAAGUGGUAUCCGGCCCGACAGUCCCUACGCUUAGAUCCAAAGGCAAAGUGUCUCAGGGAUGAGGACAUUCUCCAGACACUUCCUGUGGGAACCACAGCCAGCUUUUACUUCAGUGACCUGGGACCCCAGCUCACGUGGGGAACUGUGUUCCUGGCAGAGUGUGCUGGCCCGCUGAUCAUCUACUUAAUGUUCUACUUCCGCCUUCCCUUCAUCUACUCUCCAAAGUAUGACUUCACCAGCAGCAAGCACUGGAUCGUACAUUUGGCCUGCAUAUGUCACUCCUUCCACUACAUCAAGAGGAUUCUAGAGACACUGUUUGUCCAUCGUAUCUCCCAUGGGACCAUGCCUCUCAGGAACAUAUUUAAGAACUGUGGCUAUUACUGGUCUACGGCAGCUUGGAUGGCAUACUACAUUAACCACCCUCUCUACACCACACCCUAUUACGGGCAGCAGCAGGUGAAUGCAGGUCUUUACAUUUUCCUGUUCUGUCAAAUAGGGAAUUUUUCCAUCCACGUGGCGCUUCGUAACCUCAAAACACCAGGCUCCAAAACCAAGAAGAUUCCUUAUCCAACAAAAAACCCCUUCACCUGGAUCUUUUGGCUGGUCUCUUGUCCAAACUACACAUAUGAGGUCGGCUCCUGGAUCGGCUUCACAGUGAUGACCCAGUGUGUGCCUGUGGCUUUCUUCACUCUUGUGGCCUUCAUCCAGAUGACGGUUUGGGCUAAAGGCAAACACCGCAGCUACUUAAAGGAGUUUAGGGAUUAUCCCACCCUGCGCUCCUCCAUACUGCCCUUCAUCCUGUAGAUAUAAGCACAGGCAACAACAGCUGCUACACCCAUCCAACUCCUCACUGGUAGCGGUCCUUUUUAAGGGCCCAUGCAUCCCCCUGGAUGUCAGGGACUGUGCGCUGAGGUAAUAAGGAGCGGUAUUUACAGUGCUGGACUGGUAACUGAAGGACUGUCACAUUGAAAGGAAGCUAGUGAAAUGCAAUAAAGUCUUAUUUUAAUGUUAUAUGCAAUCUAGAAGAUAAAAGAUGUCCUUUUUAUUUAUUAUUCUUUUUAUGUGUUGCACAAUAUUCAAAAGUUUAAAAAAAAAAAUCGUAGCUUUUAUCAGCCCAAUCAGUGAAAUUUUAUCAAAAAUAUUCUCUACUAUGCAGCCUGGAGCUGAAAACUUGGUGGUGUCACGUAGCUCAUGCAAUACUCUACUCAGUGACCUUUAUACUAACACUGUUCUCUUAUGAAGUUUAUUCACUGUUAUGAAUCGUGUUUCCCCUGAAGGCGCUUUUCACACAAAGCUGAAUUUGAAGAUCAGAUGAGUGAAUUUGUUACUGAAAACUGUAAGGGACAAAAAAAAUAGAUAUUUUUUGCAGGGAUUUCCAUCUGUAGUGUAAGGUUUGUUUACAUUACUUUAAGUCACCGAACCAAUGAAACAAUUGCUUUUCGGUGUACUGUUGAUUUAAGGGUAAUAAACUCUCACAAAACAA